AUGGAGACAGCAGAAGAAUACACCGGACGGCCCUCCCUCACCAGAAGAUCCCCAUCUCCAACUGGAAUACCAACACCAGCUAUAGGAGCAACUGAAGACUUUUCUCGAUGUGUUUCGACGGCCUCCGAGGGCUCAGUCUUUUCUGGAAGAUCAAGUACUAUGAGUCGCGCAUCUGAGCAUAGUUCAGUCGGAAGCUCGGUUUCACGAUCAUCAUCUGCGAAUUAUGGGAAUAGAACGUCCAUGGCAGGUCCGGACAAGCCGAAACGACGCGGUUAUGUUCGACCACAAGGAACCAAUUUUGCGAAAUCGGCACAAUCAAGAGAUAGUGUUUUGAGCUUGGGGAGCAUAGCGCAUUUGCAAUAUUACUUCGCUCGAACCGGUCUGCUGGACGGGAAAGGUGGGCGAUUAAUAAAGAAGAGAAAGGAUGGGAGGGAAACUCUGGAUUUAUCGAUUUUGGACACGUCAUUCCUUGUACCUGGGUCAGGGUCUGAUGCGGACUCAUCAUAUGCCUCCACGGCUAGCAGCCCCGAGCUCUCUGCACAACUGGGUGGAUUGAUUGUGGAAAGUCCUAUACACGACUACAAUGAGGACGAGGAUGAAUACUUUAGCGGCGAUGAAGACGACAAUCCUUCACAUAUGCUCCCUCCGACAGCGAGUACCUAUAUUCACCGCGAGAAAGUUGUUGCACCUCCUCCUACUCUUGACCAACUUAGAAGGUGCUUGGUGGAUGCUCUCAAUAAUGCUACUAUAUCCCUAGAAGACGCAAAGCACGCAAGGACACCACCGGCAUCUCCAUUGCCGAAAUCCAAAGUCGAACCCACCAAUCCCGCAACACCCGACGCUAAGAAUAAAGGUUGGUUUGAGGUUCAAGGCAUGCAUAUGCUCGAUAUCAUGACUCUUGCUAUUCGUGCAGCAAAAUUGUACUAUACCGCCCACGAGCAUCCUGAACGCCUCCUAGCAAUCAAGUCCGAAAGAGAGAUCCGAGGAGACCUGUUAUCUGUCCUCGAAGUCUUGAAACGUAUGGCUACUCGUGGAUUUGCCAAUGGAAUACGCACAGACGAAAGGGAGACGAUGGACAACUGGGUUGACGGCGUACGCAACAUGCUUAGACGAGAGAAAGUUCUUGAAGAGGAAGAAAGAAAAUUAAUAGCAAGUUGGACAUGGCUUCAUGGCGAUGACUGGGCAGGAAAGGAAAUUGAAAGAGAGUACGCAUUCCUAAAAUCCAUGGAUCCGGAACCCGAUACUCUACCACCAUUGUCAUUGGUGGACGAUAUAAAAGAUGACAGUCUACUCCCUACACCAUUCCUUGCGGAAAUGAAAACCGGCCUAAGGCUGGUGACGCUACAUAACGCAGCAGUCAAGAAAAGCAAAAGACCCUUUGGAGCAAUAUCUACCUUCCACACCGAAUUCAACAAACCAUACCGAUUAGCCGAAAACCUUCGUUUCUGGGUCAAAGCUGCGGAAUUAAGAUGGGAGGCAGAAGUCAAAUUUGAUGUCAUGGGAGUUGUAAAUAGUGAGGACCGUGAUGCGUGGGAAGGAUUCGAAGAAGUGAUCUGGAAAUGGUGCCGAACGGUCCGCGAGGAAUUAUCGGAAGAGUUAAAAAGACCAAGAAAGAUGUCUAUUAAAGUCUAA